AUGCCUACCAUCACCAUGAGUAAGAUGUUGCGUUGCUUGAGAGGACGGCUGCGCGGGCUUGCUACGAGCUCCACAGUUCCAAGAACGCGGAUUUCGCAACUACCCAAUGGACUGACCGUUGCGUCGGAAGCGAUGCCGAACACCGCAACAGCGUCGGUGGGCAUAUUCGUGGAUGCGGGAUCCCGGGCUGAGAACGUGCGGAACAACGGAACAGCGCAUUUUCUAGAGCAUCUAGCAUUUAAGGGCACCAAGAACCGUACACAGGUGGGCAUCGAGCUGGAGAUUGAGAACCUGGGCUCGCACCUGAACGCAUACACGUCACGCGAGAACACGGUCUACUACGCCAAGUCGCUGCAGGAGGACAUUCCGAGGGCGCUGGAUGUGCUAAGUGACAUCCUGACACGGUCUGUGCUUGAUCCGAAGGCUGUUGAGCGGGAACGUGACGUGAUCAUCAGGGAGUCUGAGGAAGUGGAUAAGAUGUACGACGAGGUUGUGUUUGACCACCUGCACGCGAUCAGCUACGAAAACCAGCCGCUCGGACGCACGAUUCUCGGGCCGAUCGAAAACAUCAAGUCUAUACAGCAGCGGGACCUGAAAGAGUAUAUCUCGACCAACUACAAGGGAGAUAGGAUGGCGCUGGUGGGCGCUGGCGCAGUCGACCACGAUGAACUGGUGCGGUACGGUGAGAAGUACUUUGGGCAUAUUCCAAAGUCAGACCAUCCUGUUCCGCUGGGAUCGCCGCGGGGACCACUGCCGGUUUUCCAUGGGCGCGAGCUUGCCGUAACCGACAUGCGGUUGCCCACCACACAUGUGGCACUGGCUGUCGAAGGCGUUUCGUGGUCAGCCCCAGACUUCUUCACUGCAUUGUGCACGCAGGCUAUUGUCGGGAACUGGGAUAGGUCUCUUGGAACUGGGACGAACUCUCCUUCGCCUUUGGCUGUGGCGGCAUCCGAAAACGGGACAUUGGCUAACUCUUACAUGUCCUUUUCCACAUCGUAUGCGGAUUCGGGGCUGUGGGGUAUGUACCUUGUGACUGACUCAAAGGAGCAUAAUCUCAAGCUGAUCAUUGACCAGAUUCUGAAAGAAUGGUCUAGGCUUAAGGCAGGUGCAAUUUUGGACAGCGAAGUAGAACGCGCAAAGGCACAACUGAAGGCAUCGCUACUACUAUCACUAGAUGGCUCUACCGCAAUCAUGGAAGAUAUUGGGAGACAGAUAGUAACAACUGGCAAACGCCAUUCCCCAGAGGAGGUUUUCGAAAAAGUCGAUAAAAUCACCAAAGAUGAUAUUGUUAUGUGGGCCAACUACAGACUCAAGGACAAACCAAUUUCAAUUGUGACCCUUGGUAACACGGAAACAGUUCCUUCGUUGAGCUACAUCCAAAGAUCUUUGAACGGUGACCUUCAGAGGCAAUGA